CUAAUGGGGUUGUCACCGUGUCUCAUCCCCUCCGCUUUGCACAAAGGAGGGAAACGAACCCAACUCAACCCAUUGGCUUGGCCCCUUCCAAAUGCCAGGUGUCACAAAGUGAGAGGCUCAGCAGUCAGCAGGCUUAUCCCAUACACCACAAAAUCUAAUCCUCCUCGUCAUCUCAAUAUCCAAAACCAGCCAAUUGGCAAUCACUAGUUUCUUCACACCCUUCAUUUUCCAAAGUUCCACAAGGGAAAUAAGGAAGAGGAGAUCAGGGUGAGCAAACAAAGAGUAAGUAACAGUUCAAAUGGCUUCCACAGCAUGCUUCCUGCACCACGCCGCCCUCACAACUUCCACCAGGUCAGCGGCCGCCGCCUCAUCCACCGCUCAGCGACUUCCGUCUCCCGCCGCCGGCAGGCUACUCUGCCGUGCCCAGAAGCAGCAGCAGCAGGCCGAUGAUCAGGACGCCGGCAGCGAGGGCGCCUUGUCGCGUCGGUUGGCCCUCACUCUCCUCGUCGGAGCCGCUGCCAUUGGCUCCAAGACCGCCCCUGCCGACGCCGCCUACGGUGAAUCCGCAAACAUAUUUGGGAAGCCAAAGACGAACACGGAUUUCUUGCCCUACAAUGGCGAAGGGUUCAAGCUUUCGAUCCCGGCAAAGUGGAACCCUAGCAAAGAGGUGGAGUAUCCAGGGCAGGUUUUGAGAUACGAGGACAAUUUUGACGCCAACAGCUACGUCAGUGUUAUGGUCACCCCAACUGACAAGAAAUCCAUCACUGACUACGGCACCCCUGAAGAAUUCCUCUCUCAGGUCAGCUUCUUGCUCGGAAAGCAGGCCUACUUUGGCAAGACCGAUUCGGAGGGUGGGUUCCAGUCUGGUGAGGUCGCCACGGCUAACAUCUUGGAGACAUCAGCUCCAGUGGUGGGCGGGAAACAGUACUACAUUGUGUCGGUGCUGACGAGGACCGCCGACGGAGAUGAAGGCGGGAAGCACCAGCUGAUCAGCGCUGCCGUGAAAGAUGGGAAGCUCUACAUAUGCAAGGCGCAAGCUGGAGACAAGAGGUGGUUCAAGGGUGCCAGAAAGUUUGUGGAGAACGCUGCAACUUCCUUCAGUGUCGCCUAACACAAAAACACCAUUCCCUAUUGUAGCCGCUUGAGUGUAAUGUAUAUCCCAAGGGACAACAACUUCAUUUUUGAAUGCGUAUGUUUUGUGAGUUGUUGUUUCAAGCAAGCAUAUAAACAUUUUUUUGGAGACUGAUAAUUGGUUGAGGCAGUGCGGAAACACAUUAUGCUUGAUCUGUGGAUAAUGGAUACAUUAAAACAAGGGUUUAUAGUGUAAAUUUGUUUCAAGGGUUAAUAGCAAUGUUGUCGGGAUUAUAUGAAUCGAGAUAGUCAAUUGUUCACAUUUUACCGGUGUAACUAGUAUUAGAUUGUUAAAAACCCGGUAAUGAAUUGAUGCCAUUCUAAAACAAAUUUAAACUUGAGUACUAAAUGUUCGAAAAUUUAAACCUUACCUGAUCCACCCAAAUCUUCAGAAAAUUUUAAACAUAAAUGGAGCUGUCAAAAUAUAACGCGACCCGAGUAACCGGAUUGAUCAAAACGACUUGUAACCUGCCUACAACCAGCUUUGACUAAAAGUCAACGACUCGUACCCUGACCGACCUGCAACCGAUAAACCUAUAAUCUAGUUGACCCCCAACCCGAUCCACCCAUAACCCGACUGGCCCGUAGCACUACUGACCCACAACCUGAUUGACCCGAGACCCGACUAAUCCUUGACCCGACUAACCCAACCUGAACAUGACCGAACCCGCUUGCUUGACCCAAAAUUAUAUGACACAUCAUAUAUGAUUGUUCCGUUAGAGAAGUGAUUCUAUGUAAUUUGAUAUUAAAAAUUACGAAAUUGUAUUCUAAUGUGUUCUUUCUACUUUAUUAUUUUUUUUUUUUGAUCUUGUCAUCCUAAAUAAAAUGUAAAAAUAAUGAAAUGGGUUAGGUGACAAUGUGGUAUUUGUGGGAUCAAAUAACUAAUUGUUUAUGUAUAGGAUCUCUUUUACAUAUAUAGAAUCUGAAUAACUCAUUAUUUGAGAUUGCAGUAUUUGUAUAUUAUUUAUGUGUUAAUUAAUUUAAAUAACUCGUUUUACUGAAGAAUAAUUUGUGGGGUUAAAACCUCCACAUUUUAACUUUCUUUUGUUUCAAUAUUGGACUUUGGGAGUCAUUUAUGCCUUGCAAAAUCAACUCCAAGUUUUGUUCAGGUAUUUUUAAUGCUCAAGUAUGUCGAUAUACAAGAUGGACAAUAUUACAGUUGCUAAGAAACUAAAGAGGCAACCAUUGAAGUUAUUAUUUUCAGCUAACUACUCCGUUCUGUCUUCAGUACUCCCUUGUCGGGAUGCUUAAAAAAACUUCAAUCCCAAAAGAAGCUUGAUACUUUCUCCCUCGCUCCAAGUUAGCCAUUCUCUGGCAUGGGAUUCAGAAAUAAAGACUAGCAUUUUGACUAUGUCAAAGGCGAUCCUCAAGUUUACUAUCCAUGCUGCACAAAUUGUUGAUCCAGCAUAGCAAUAACAAGCUUGCUUCCAAGCCACUGUAUUAUAUGCUUAACAAAUCCUCAAUUCACUCUAUUAGCCGACCUGCAAGUGUUCUGCCUUAGUUUCCCCCAACUUGACAUAUGCUUACUCUUCCCAUAUGAUUGAGAAGAUGAGUAUUUGGGUUUAACAAACUGAUGACCACCAUGUGGCCAACUUCACUCUUUUCAAACCCCAUGUCUUCUCGACUUUUACACUUAACUAAACGAUAGUAGUGAAGCUCUUCUUUGGCCAAAUUACAUAAAGAAAACAAUACAAAUAAAUGAGAGACUAACAAUAGCAAACCAACACUCGACCAGUAAAUAGACCCGCAGCAGUAACAACACCCCGCCAGUAAAAAGACCAGCAACCA